GUGGAGCGCCAACCUCAAGAGUUGCUUGGAUUGCAAACGCAAUUACAAGUCCUUCAUGGCUGCCUCGACUAAGCCAGUGAAGAAAUGGUGGUCGGCCAAGGACAAAGCAGAAAAGGCUAAGUGGUUUAAGGACACCAAGCAGAAGAACAAGGAUCGCGACAGCAACGCGAAGCGGCAGUGGGAGUCGCAGGAUGUGGCGCAGGAGCAGGGCAAGAAGGACUUGCGUUCGGACGGCCAGCUCGAGGAAGAGGCCAAGGAGAAGUGGCAGGAGCUGAAGGACGACGUCGACACGCCGUUUCGCAAGUACAAGGGCAUCGACCUCAUCUACAAGUUCAGGGGCCUUCGUACGUUCACUGGGCAGGAGGAUUACCUGGGCGAGAAGCUCAGCAAGAAGAGGAAAAUUACGGGCGAAUGUGACCUCAAGAGUGCUCUGGCCGAAGGCGGGGAUAUGCGGAAGAAGCGCCGCGGGGGUCAGCAGGGCCCUCUGACUUCCAACGCCGCGCUCCCCCAGCCCGAGGGGUUCAACGACUUCGUGGCUGGCGUGCGUCCGAACGUCGAGCCGGAGCGGGACGUGAUGUCGCAGUCGAUCCUCAGAGCGUUGGUGGAGAAGCAGAGGGACGAGCAGGCCAUCGAGAAGCAGAAGGCAGAGGAUGCUGCAGCUGCCGAGGAGUGGGCCCAAGCGGAGGCGGAGAAGAAGAAGCAGGAUCAAUCCGAGGCGGACUCGGGGAGCGACAUCAAGAAGGGGCAGGCGAAGGUGACGUGCCGUUCUCGGUUAACCUCGGCGAAAACCAAGUUGUCUGAAGCUUUUGGCCACAUGCAGGAAGAAGUUGAGAUGGCACCCGCUCAGAUCAAGGAUGUAUUCCAAGGCUCCGAGGUGCCGCCUGAGAUCAACGAGAUGGUCGCGACUCUCACGGCCGCGGCUGAGGCGCUGGACAAGGAGUGCAAGAAGAUCGCGGGCGGUGCUGACGAGAAGCUCGCGACACUCGCGGGUCUGACAAGGAUGGGCGACACCCAGGCCCUGACGAAGACCUUCGACGCGCUGGAGAAGGACCUGAAGAGCAGCACGGCGCACAAGGAGGCGAAGAAGGCGUGCAGCACCUUCAGGACGACCCUCGCGAAGCAGCACAAGGAGCGGAAGAAGUGGGGCCUCCCGACUGCAUCGUGGGAGAGCCUAGAGGUCGAUGCCGCCGAGUGCGGCGAUCAGGGUGCGAAGCCCGAGGCGGCUGAUAUCAACGCGUUCCCGGGCCCGGUGACCUCCGAGACGCUGGUGGCCACUCCGGUGAAGACAAUCCUGAACCUGAAGGGCCUGAAGGCCCACAAUAAGUGGGCGUCGGAGAGGCUGCAGGCGACCGAGAAGAACACUUUCGCGUCUGAGCUGAAGGGCGAGGUGGCCGAGUUCAUCAAGUCCAAGGUCAAAGAAGUAGGAUUGCCCUCAGCCGCGUUCGAGAAAAUCGACAGCUACGCUACGGACGAGACUAAUGCCGCCCUGGUGCGGAAUAUCUACGCGAUGCAGCACUGGGUUGACACCGACGAGUACACCUACUCAGGCAUGGCCCCCUUCGGCAACGCCGAGGCGCGCUUGAUGCUGACGGGGGCGGCCGUCUUGGACUGCGUCCCCGUGGCGGCGGUGCCCGGCAUCGACCUGAUCAGGAAGCGGACGCACGUCCAGGGCCUGACGUCGCCGGGCUGGGAGGACAUCGUCAAGCAGCACGGCUCGCGCAUGGUCCUCAAGGCUGGCGACCUCGCGAUCACGCCUGCCGGCCACUUCCAGUUGUUCCU